AUGACGCAGUCACCGCCCGUACAGAGUGAAGCAAGUGUAGAGCCAGUUAUCAAGCCGCUCACUCAGCGGCAAGAACGCCGGUUGCGAGAAGCGCUGGAGGAGCGCUUCAUGGAUCUCGUACGGAACUCGAAGAAACGAACGGACGAGUCUUCAACGAUGCGCACAUUAGACGCGUAUCUCACGACUGCACGGCCAUUACUCGCGCUCAUCCUCCAAAUACCGCCUGCUGGAAGUUCAGCGUCGCUUCGCACCUUUUACCUCCUGCGCUACACCAACGACACAUUCACUGCAAUCACAGGAUACGAUCCACAACCAGACGCUGUAGCACAGUUAAAGCAGUGGCUUGAGGUACUGGAUAGGGGAUGGGCCACCGUUCUGAAGCGACGGCGGUGGGACCCCAUCAAACGAGACGGCGUGGGGGCUUCUCAGGAGUGCCAAGGCGUCAGCAUGACAGAGCGUACGAGGCUCAAGAGUUUGCUUCUGUCGGGUACAGAAGCGCUCGCUAUAUGGCUCGAGCGAACGAGAAGAGCUCAGGCUCAAGAGUUCGCAGACGCCGCAGAGGACACGGGUCUGGUUGAAGACACAGGAGAAGAGCAGAUCCGGCUUGACGCCUUCGACGAUAUAUUCUCUUGCACACUGGAUGAGCUGGGGGAGCGAGGCAAUGAGAUGCCAAAGAUGACGGGACUGGUUGAGCCAGAGAUGCUCCUGCAGUCCGAGCUUGAGGGAGAAGGAGACAUGCUCGCAUUUGACGAUGUGGAUGAGGAAUAG